AUGGGGAUUCCUCAUCUGAUUACCACCCUGGAGAACUAUGCCUCCCACGAAAUUCUCCAGCAUCAAGUGGUGGUCAUUGAUGGCCCAGCAUUAGCCUAUCAUAUUCUUCAUCUCUGCCGAUUUCAAGGGGCCAUUCAGCCGUCAUAUGGCCUUCUCAGUCGACUCGUCAUUGAGUGGUUGGAUCGUCUGGAAGAUCAGCGAGUGACCAUUCGAGCCAUAUACUUCGAUGGCUAUCUGCCAGAGUCCAAGCAGCCUGUCCGCAUGGAGAGGGUGAUGAAACUAACUUCCCGGCUCAACUUAUUCUACUCUUCAAAUUCCAUGGCUUGUCCUCGCAAGCAUGUGGUUCCCACAAAUGAUAUAUAUCUGGAUGCAAACCGCCCAGGAAGAUUCACCGACAAAACCUCCAUGGACCCGGGCUUUCUUGUGCCCGCAAUCAUUGAUGCUAUCCGGGGUAGUCCUCGAUACCGAGGGAAAUGCUUCGUUAUUCCUGGAGAGGCGGACGGCUACUGCGCUUCAGACGUUGCGAAGCAUGGUGGCACAAUCUUGACUUCAGACUCGGAUCUACUUGCUCAUGAUCUUGGCAAUGGCAAAGUUGUCUUCUUCCGGGAUGUCCAUGAGAAUGCUAACUCAAUGUUGGCUUGCACGGUGUAUACCCCUCGUGAGAUAUACACGAAAAUAGGGCUGUCAAAGUCCGUGGAAGCCUGUCGCUUGGGGUAUGAACGGCUGCGUUCCCCCAACGCAACGCUUCCCAUGCUGCUAAAGGCCUGCUCGAAACCUAUAGCAGAUGCUCUGGACUAUGAUCAUUUUCGUCAACAGUAUGUCCACCACGAAAGCGCCCCAGUACCGCACUUGGUGGGCGGUAGCUUGCUCCCAUUGAGCGCCCUUGAUCCCAGAGUGUCAGAACUGCUCCUCCAGAUUGGGCAGGCGCCUAAAGUCAAGAACGCCCGAGUGAAGGCCAAGAUCUUUCUCCCAUCCUUGUUCGAAAAUCCCACAAAAGGCACGUCAUGGGACGCAAGCGCGCAUGCCCGGACGUUGGCCUACACGGUGGCGUGCCGCUAUCUUCAAUGCCGCUGCUCUAUAUCAGUUGAGGAAUACAGAAGAGUGCAGAACAUCAACCAAAAGGGACGAGAAAUCUCGCUGCUAUCCAGCGAUGAGGCGAAUAUAGCGGCUAGUGAGCUGCUGGAGCUUUUGAGACGAGUAAGGGAAACAAAUAUAGCACAGCAGUAUCGAUGGGUCCUGCUGUGCGUGGUACUGGAUGCUAUAGAAUGCAACCAGCAAGGCAAGAAUUCACAUGCACUAAUCACGAUUCAACAAAGUGGUGGCAGCUUGGCUGUUGCUGGGGAUAAAACUUCUUGGGAUGUAAUUCACUUUAGCGCACACAUUCAAGCCGGGCUGUAUUCGCUCCGCAUAUUGAGCCAAGUGCUAUCUUCUGUAAUCGUCGAUACCAACAGCACAGAUGAGUUCACGCUCAACCUCAUCCAAAUUGUCGAAAUUUUAUCGGAGCUCCCUCCUCUCAGCGGAUUUCCAAAUGUUUGUUUGCUAUCUGAUUUCUUGAAGACAUCAAAAGAACAUCAGAUAUUGAACGUUCUAUCAGAGUUUAUAACUUUUGAGCCAGCACCAUAUCAGGGGGGAAAUUCUCGUCCGAAAUCAGAGGACAAAAAGCCCAGCAAGCGGGGAGGCAAGUCGCAAGGUAUAAGCAAGAAGACGAACAAGAAGUCAAAUAAUUCUAGUGCAAACAGAGGAAACAUGUUCAAUGCCCUCUCCAUAGAUACAUGA